AUAUGUACAUACAUACAUUCAUUCAUGUAUGUAAAUACAUAUGUAUGCCUAGGAUAAAUGUUGAUCUACUUGUUGUACAUAUUUAGUGUAAAAACCUACCUCCAUCCAUCGACAUAAAAAUCGGUUGCCCUGCUAGGAAAUAAAUUUUCGUUUCAAAACUAACCAGAAAUUUGAAGAAAAGUUGCUACCAAGGUAUGGAUUUGUCCACCAGCACAACCCUUCACCACAAUUCAACCCCCCACUUGGCCGUUUCCCUAUCUGAGAUUCUACGCAAGGUCAUGACCUUUCUUCCCACGCCUGACCUCUUCACCUCCACCAGGGUCAACUCCACAUGGGAAAACGAAGCUAGAAGUCAUCUCCUCUCUCGAAUCACAGUUUUCAUCUCGGAUCAAGCUAAAAAUUUGCUAUUCGGUCGUCCGAGCACCACGUUUCAAAAGUACCAGCAAACAACCCAGGUCCGAUCCAAGUAUCACGAACGGGUCGAAUUGGACUGGCUCAAAGAUAAAGAUUUCACCCUGAUUCUCCCCCAAUUUGAAAACUUUGCUGUAGAAAAUAAGGGAAAAGUGAGACAUUUACAGCUCUACUUUCUUCCAAAAUGGGGAAUUAAUUCGUACAAAAUUUUCAAAAUUUUCCCCAUUUUUGGAAAAUCUUUGACAUCUUUGACCUUAACGUUCCACUAUGAAAACUUACUCGAAGUCUUUGCCUCGCUCUCGCGGGAAAAUUUAAUCCUACCUUCGGUCACCAAGCUAAACUUCAAUUCGGCAAGUUUUCUAGAUCAUGAUACUUUUGCUACCAUUAUUUCUGCAAUUUCGCCAAUAUUCCCGAACCUGACUCACCUCCACUUUCUGAUGAUGAGAUGGAAACAACUAGAAUUCAUAUUUGCCAAGAAACCCCACCAUUUUUUUCCGAAAUUGACCUCCUUUUCCUUUCUUUAUGAACCCAACGAAGACGAACUCUCGCUAAUUCCCCCGCCAGAAAUGUUUAUCUUAAAUAUCGCGAAGUUCCAUUUCGCCGUCGCAAAUUACCCCACGCGUCGUCAAAUAGGUCCAAACCUACUCCGGAUUUUAGCCCCCGUCCUGCAACACUUUCACAUCACGGAAGUAGGUGACUCUGUUAUCGUGCAUAUUCCGAUGAUGCCAAAACUCCGGGUUUUCAAGAUAAGUCGACGCCCCUUUAAGUGCGGCUGGAGCAAGAUGAGACUACACUUCGAAACGGAAGAUCGCAUCAGAGGAGUUAAGAUCAAUUAUGAGAAACAAUUUCCUCUCUUGGCAAGAAUUUCGAUGAAGUGUGUACCAUUUUUUAAACGAGGGGACGAUGAAGAAAACUUUUUUGAGGCGACGGUCCGGUUUUUGUAUGAUACUUUCAGCCCGGGAAAUAUCGCGGUGUGCGAAACGUUACGCGAAUUAAAUGUCCCGCUCCCGCCGGGGGACGAAUUUAAGUUUCGGGGUAUGAGAUCUGGGAGGGAUCGAUGUUCCGGCGAUGUACGGAAUCCUGUCUGUAAUUGUUACGAGUGGGAAAGCUCGACGACAUUUUUGGACCACGUGGCAGCCACGUUUCCUAAUUUGCAGUAUGCAUUUUUAGCCAAAAGUAAAGAGAAAGUUAGGUGUGACGCGGUGAGAAAGUGGGUCCAGAUGGGGGUGGAUUUGGGCUUAUUGGAUAAAUCGUAUCGAAUUUGUGAGGGUGGUGACGAUAAGGGGAUGUAGAAUAAUAGUGUGGGUAAAAUGUGCCGAUAUUAAGAGGGUUCAAAUUUGGAACAGUUUAAACUGUCUAAAAAGUUUGUGGGAAGAUUUUUGACAAACUUUUACUCCGUUUACUUAUUUCGCCUAAAAAUCAAUAAGUGUGACACAUCUUUCAAUGAGUAUGUAUAAAUAAAUAAUAAUUGCUGGAUUAAAUAAAUCAUGCAAUAAUAAUUAAUUAAAUAAA